UAACAGUUGGAGGUCCGACAGCGCUCAUCGGCUGCCAGUAUCACGGAUUUAGGAGCAUUUCUUACACCUGCUGCCUGUCAAAGAAAAAAGACAACAGCCUUCUGACAAGAAAACCUUGGAUUUUUUUCUAACCACAUUGUCUUCGUUCUAAAGUGCAUUUCCUGCAGCUGAUAUUUGCUGGUAUACCAUUAACUCCCCAACUUACCAAGGUCUACAACGUAGGCUACAUCAGGAAGCUGAGGGUGUGAGGAGACAGUUGACGUUCAGAGCACCGUGGAGAAGGCUUCCAUAUCUGACAAUAUGGAAAUCUGAAGUUAUCGGCGCCUAUUAAGAUGGGGGAGAAUGUUGACGUGAGGGCCCUGACGGCCAGGUUCCGCCAGACUGGGAUGCAUGCAACAGGAGGAGGAGGUGGCUCCCCAAGACUCCCACCUCCCCUCCUCGAGAGAGGUGCUCGUUCACCAGUGGACCCUGGGGCUAAUGGAAGUGUCAGGCCCAGGUUCCCUGUCCCCCUGAACAAACCAACCCCAGGACCUAUUUCUCCCUCAAACGGGCCGAGGUUUGGCCAGGCGCCGCGCGGUGUGUUCCCCAGGCCCCCGCCGAGCCAUCGUCCCAACCACCAGGAGCCCUUCAGGCCCCCCAUUGCGGAGGUAGACAAACCAGGAUCCUUCAGAAACCCCACGGAGAAGCUGGUGAGACCAAUGCCAAAACCUCAGGAUUCCCCAGGCGGCAGAAGUCCCCAGACCAUCCACACGACACCCCUGCUCUCGCAGAGGAGCAUGUCGGCUGAGGUGGCACCCCUCUUACGGCCACUACCUGCUGUGGGAUCCAGACCUAAAAAGCCCAAGCGUCCCCCCUUCGUGAACUUGGAACAAUUCCGAAGGAAUCCUGGCACACCUAAGGCCACUGCACGGGUCUCUGGGAGAUCAUUAGGGGAUGACAAUAGUCCAACAACAUCGAGAGCAGCUGGUGUUAAAAUGCCUCCACUACUCCCAAAUAGGCCCAAAACCUUGGCAAUGCCUGCUUCAAAGCAAGACAUGGAUGAUGACCAAGACACAUAUGAUGAUAUUGAUGCCCUCCCUCCUCCUCCACCACCUCCAACACAGACCCACGAGGGCUUCAGACCUUCUCCAUCUAGAACAGCUGGUAUAAGCAGUCCCCCCUUGAUGUCUAAGCCAAGCAGCAUGACAAAAGACUUGUCACGCCACGACCCGGAUGACGAACAAGACACAUAUGAUGACAUUGAUGCACUUCCUCCCCCUCCGCCCCCUCCACCUACGCAAAGUCAAGACUCCUGGAAUGAUUCAGGUCAAGCAGAUGAGUGGGAUAACAGUGAUGAUAGUGAAAUCUAUGAAGAAGUCGACAGCCAGGAGAGCAUCCCGACGCCAACUGACACAGGCAAGCAUUCAAAGAAAGACAUAAAACGACAAAAAGAACAGGAGAAGAAAGAGCAGAGGGAGAGAGAGAAGAGAGAGCUUGCUAACAGAAAGAAAUUCAAGCUGACUGGAAAUGAGACAGCUCUGCAUAUAGCCCGUGUCCGCCAAGACUGGCACGGAGGGAAGAGUGGCGAUCUGAGUGUGCAGCAGGGUGAGAGUGUGGAGAUCAUCCGCACCGACAGCAACCCAGAGGGCAGAUGGCUUGCCCGCACCAUGGAUGGCAGAUACGGCUACAUCAGCACCAAAUGUGUGGAUAUGGACUACGAGGAGGUGAAACGGCGCUUUGGUAGCAUGGCUAGACCCAGACCUGAUCCUGGUGUCUAUGAUGACGUGAACAGCAGCAUGGAAGGCUAUGGAUGUGAGGAUGAUAGCUUCCCACCUCCUCCUCCAGAAGUCGGGAUAAGCCCAGAUCCCAAACUUUUAAAGAAGAUGGAAAAAGAGGAGAGAGAGUUCAGGAAAAAAUUCAAGUUUGAAGGGCCAAUACAAGUUCUUAGGUACAUGAGGGUGGAUCCCAAUGCGAACAUUAAGAAAGCUAGUGGAAAAGACUUAAGCGUGGGUCGGGGAGAUCUUCUGGACAUCAUUCAGUUCAUCGGUGAUAAAAAAGCACUGUGUCGAAAUGCACAGGGAAAAUAUGGAUAUGUACCCAUGAUCUACCUGCUGACAGAAGAAGGGGAAAUAUAUGAUGACAUAGAUCACGCAGAUGUCUACGACAACGAUAACAACAUGUGAAGAAGUCAGUGCCAGACAGCAGUAUUGAAAAUUACAUGGAUCAUUAUAGUAGGACACAAGACAUGAUGGAUUUAAUAUCAAGGGUGGAAACUACUUUGUGUUUGUUUGUUUUUUUUUUAUUCCUGAGACUUUAUUGUAAUUAUGAAAAAUAAAUGUGUAUGCCUGUC